AUGCCCGACUCACCCGCCCCAUCUCCCCGCAUCGUGCCAGGUGCCCCGCCUCCUGUGGCCCCUCCAAAAUCGCAGAAGAAGAAGCGCAAGGGCGGCAAGGCCAAGGAGGACGGCGAAGGGACCCCUCAACUCGUCGUUCCUGACUCUACGUCUGCCGCACUGCUUGAGAAAGCUCCAGAGGCCUCAGAUGUUCAGGAGGGGGCUGUUGCGCCUCAACUCGUGUCUCAAAUGUCCGAGGGCGGGCUCACGCCCACGCCGGACAUCAAGCUUAGCCCCAUCGUGGACAUGCUGAACAAGAGGCUAAAGGCGAACAACAAGAAAAUUACCCGCAUACAAGGAUACAGGAAUGAAGAUCCCGAGAAGUUGAACGAUGACCAGAAACGUCUCUUGACAACGCUUCCCGUCCUGGAAGCCGUAAGCAAGGAACUUGAUGAAGUCAAGAAGGUGAUCGAGGCUCACGAAGCCGAUCUUGUGCACGAGAUCGCUUUCCAGCGUGCCAGCGCUGCGAGGGCUGAGGCCGAGCGGAUCCAGGAAGCAGUUGCUGCUGCAGAAGCCGAAAACCUCCAACGGACCGCCGAGCUUGUCACAUUUUUGAGGUUGCAGGGUAUGCUUGCUCAGAGGCAUCCUAUGGCGCUGGCGUUGAACCUAAGCGAUUCGGAUGGAACGGCGAUCCAUUCAAUAUCGGAGGUCCUUUUCCUCGAGAAGCCGGAAAGCAAGACUGAAACGAUCCGGAGAAUGUUUUCUGGAGAAGGAGAACAUGCUGGUGUUCCAUAUUCGCGCAUCAGGGAGAUUCAGGAGCAAUUCUUGAACCCGCCUCCUCAGCUCCAUUCGGAAGCACCGGAGGAGAGCGUCCCCUCUGUCUCUGUUGGCGGCGUCCCACCUUCUGUGACUGCCGCGGGAGGCAUUCGCUUUAUGAUGACGGAUGAGCUCGCUGAUGCCACCGAGCCUGAGGCGGAAAGUCGUGAUGAAAGCUGGGUGGAUGUCCGAGCCGAAGGGCCGAGGCCUUCCGAGGUGGAAGUCACCGACGCAAUUAUCGAGGCCGAUGUCAACGGGCACCACGUUGGUGAAGAGACGAUCACCGUUACGUCUACAACCGAGCUCAACUGGGCGGACGAAGAUCAGGGCGAUCUUCCUCCACUGGAGAACCUCCAGGCUCACUACGGGACGUCGGGGGAAGCGUCUCCGGUCCCCGAAGCCGCCGCCUCUGCUCCUUCCGAGGCGCCUGUCACUCCGCAAGAGAUCGGGGUGAAGGUCGAGGCUUCCGAGGAGGCUACCGCGGCGAGCGUGGUGCGUACCGUGGUGGUGACCGGGGUGAACGCGGUGGAUUCCGAGGUGACCGUGACGGUGACCGUGGUGGAUUCCGAGGUGACCGUGGCGGUGAGCGCGGUGGACGCGGUGGAUUCCGUGGUGGUGAACGUGGAGGAUACCGUGGCAGAGGUCCCUCCGAUGGCGAUUGGCGAGGUCGUGGAGGCCGGGGUCGAGGGCGUGGCUCUGGGUUCCACGAGCCUCGCGGAGAAGCUCCUCCUGCUGCCGCAUAAGGGAAACCUGACGCUGGAGAUAGGGAAAUGA